CCAGGCACCAUGGCGUAUGCCUCGAGUCACUUACCUAACCCAUCUUUCACCCCCAUCUUCUAUUUCUGCCUCAACCCCACUUCUAAAAAAGAACCCCAUCUCUCUCGGCCCCCUCUCCCCCUCACACCCCACCCCCUUGAUCUACUCCCUCCUCCAUCAAAAUCCUUAGAUCCGAGCUCCCCAAGCUUUCUUGAGCUUUCUACGACUAUCCCAUACUAUGAAUGGAGCGGCAUUGCUCACGAACUAUCUUAUCGAUGUAUGCAUCUAGAACCUUGCCUCAGGCAAGUUGCAAUUCAAUCUACUCACAUUGGUCGGCGUUUUCUUGCUUGUGCAAAGGAGAAGGCAAAAGAAAAGUGCUGCUAUCUGGAGUGGAUAGACCCUGAGUGGUCCGUUGCUAUGCAGUUUUGUAUAGGUCAAUUGUGGAGCAUGCAUGACAAAGAAAACGAUGACAGAAUCAGAGAAAAUCUAAAGUUGGGUGAAGAAAAUAGGAAGAUGGGGGAAGAGCUUCGAUUUUUCAAACAUGAUUUUGCAAAAUUGGUGGCUGACAAAGAGGAGGCUAUUAAUCAGCUUGGCAGUGCUAGGUUGGCUAUCGGUGAUCUGAAAAAGGAGAUUGAGAAGAAGAAGUUAGCACACCAUUAUUCCACCAAUCUACAUGAGGUACUCAGGGCGAAGGCAGAGAAGGAGAGGGACCAGCUUGUGCUAGAGAGAGACCAAAUGAAGGAAGAGAAGAAAAAGCUGGAGUGCAUCAUUGCUGAUAUGAUGAAAGAAAACAAUGGCUAUAAGGACAAGGUCAAGAAGUUGAAGGAAAUUUGUGAUGAAUUUUAAGUUGAACUAUCCAGUACUACAAUUUGUAUUCAAUUAUCCAGUAGUAUCGAACUAUCUGUGAACCUAUUGUUGUCAAACUAUGUA